AUGGGUAUUACGUUAAACAAGAGAAAUAUCAGAGUGCUGAGUAUCACUGCUCUGAUGCUGUUGCUGGUCUUCUUCGUUGUGCAGAACGCUGAUAGUAUGAGUCUCACCAGUGAUAAUGUACAACGGACUCAAGUGGCUACUGGUAGUCAACAACAAACUUCAAACAAUAAUUUAGUACAACAAGCUGUUGUUGAAGGUGGUAAACCAGGAUCUAAUACCGAGGCUACUAAAGAAAUUGAUAGAAUUAAAGAAAAAGUAGGUAUUCAUGAUGAAGAAAAUGGUGGUGCUAUUACUACUGGUGGUACUGCUCUUGCUGAUGAUUCUUUAACUGCUGCACAAAAUAGUAAAUCUGGGAAGGAUUCUGAAACAAAACCAUUUGAUGCUAAAGCUGAAUAUUCUGAAAUGUUAAGACUCUCUCCAGUAAUCGUUUUCAGUAAGACAUAUUGUCCCUACUCCAAGAAAUUAAAGAGUUUACUAGAACAAGAAUAUGAAUUUACUCCCGGAUAUAAUGUGAUCGAAUUAGAUAUGCAUAGUCAUGGUGCAGAAUUACAAGAAUAUAUCAAGGAUAAGACGGGUCGUGGUACUGUUCCAAACAUGAUAGUUAAUGGUAUCUCUAGAGGUGGUUCCGAUGAUAUUAUGGCUUUACACAAGAACGGCGAAUUACUUUCCUCUUUGAAGGAUUGGUCUGCGGGAAGUUUCGAAGUUAAACUGGCAGAUAAACCAUCUAAUAAUUAA